GUGCGACAACAUAAAUAAUAUGUAAAGAAUUUUAUAAGAGUGAAGUCAUAAAGAAUUCAUUGAAUCCGACAUGGCGCAGCCUUGAUUUUGGUCUAAUGCCCGAUCGCCUUGAUACGUCUGUAUCCUGUUUUGUGGUGAGGAUAUGGGGUGGCAAGAAUGAUACCUAUCAGCUACUGAUUGAGUGGAAAGUCACUCUAGAUGGACUCAAAUAUUUGGGCCAGCAGAUACAUGCUCGUAGCCCGAAUGAAAUCAUUUUUGGGCUGAACGAUGGCUAUUAUGGAGCCUUGUACGAGCGAAAGGGUGUCCCAGAAAUCCAAAAGAAUCUGCAAGUGGAUCCAAAUUGUGUGCGUAACUCAUAUGAUGUCUUCUCUUUGCUAAG